AUGGUACGCAAGAUUGUUAUUACUCUGGCUGUAUUAUUUUCUGCUGUCUUGUCAGCGACAGCAACUCUCGACAAGAGGAUUAUUGUUGGCGGAGAAGCCGCCAAGGAUGGUGAAUUCCCAUUUCUCGUUUCAAUUACCAAUACUCUAAAACGUACAUGUGGAGGCAGUCUACUAGACAGCACUACAGUUUUAACUGCUGCUCAUUGCGUUGUAGAGACUCAGGAAUGGCUUAAUAGAACUACGGGCGGACAAGUCAUAGCGGCGAAACGUAUAGUGUACCCUGGUUUCCUUCGGCAUAGAAGAAAAGGUUAUCCUAAGCAUGAUAUUGCCAUUUUAAAAUUAUCAACUCCAAUCCAGGAGAGCGACACAAUUGGCUAUGCGAAUCUUCCGGCAGCCGGCUCAGAUCCCGUGGCUAAUUCCCUUGCAACAAUCGCGGGCUGGGGCCAGGUACACAACGAUGGUCAUCCACUCGAUCAAUUACACAAGGCUCUUGUUCAUAUUCGCGCUCGUGAGAAGUGUACAAACGAGUCCUGGAAUGCAACUGGUAUAGAGGAUGAAGUAUGUGCUGGUGGGGAUGGCAAGGAUACAUGCGGAGGGGACAGCGGCAGUCCUCUUAUCGACCAGGGGACGGCAACUAUCAUUGGUAUUACAAGCAGGUCAUCCUGGUAUUCUGAUUGCGGCCAGUAUCCCGGGCUGUAUACCAGGGUCAGCAGCUAUCUUGAUUUUAUUCAGGAGAAUCUUGGGGUGUCUCAGACAACAUCUAGUGUAAAGAGCUAA